UGUUUUUACUCUAUCACCAUCAGUCCAUCACACUAAUUUCAAGUGUAGUUCUCAACUUGUUCAUUCUAAAUUCUGAGCCUUAAUUAGCCCCCCUUUGAAAACUUGAGCCAAAAUUUAUUGAGUUGUUCUCAUUUUUUGCUUUGCUCACACUUGGGGUUAAAAGUUGGUAGUUAACUUCUGAGUACUGUUCAGUUCAUUUCAUUCUUCUUUUUUCUGUUCCAGCUUUUGAAUUUUCAGGUUUGAAUAUUAAGGGGAGGAGGUGAGGUUGGGUGGGAUAGCUGCCAUAAGACACAGCUACUUUCUUCAGGACCAUGAUCCCUGCAUUCAGCGGAUGCACUCUGUGGAAGUUUCACUUGAUUCUUGACAGAAAAACUAUUCUAGACAAAAGUUUCUAUUUUGGAUCUUCCACAUCUUUAAUAGAUAAAAUUUUGGCACUUAACAAUAAUUCUCAAUAUAUCAAAUUACUUAAAACAGAUUCUGGUCUCUACUACUUACUUUUGCUUACUUUUGGGGUUUUAUUUUCUUCUGGUGCCUAUAGCUUUUGUCAUUUCUUUCUUCCUAAUCCUCAGCUUCACAACUUUUUGUUGGUCAAGAAGCAUAAAAAGUUAAUAUGGAAGGGGCACCACUGCCACCAGGUUUUCGUUUCCAUCCUACUGAUGAAGAACUAGUUGGAUACUACCUUAAAAGAAAAGUGGAGGGGCUUGAAAUUGAGCUUGAAGUUAUCCCUGUGAUUGAUUUUUACAAAUUUGAUCCAUGGGAGUUGCCCGAGAAAUCGUUUCUUCCAAGACGAGAUUUGGAGUGGUUUUUCUUCUGUCCAAGGGAUCGCAAGUACCCAAAUGGAUCAAGAACAAAUAGAGCUACAAAAGCUGGGUAUUGGAAAGCCACUGGAAAAGACAGAAAAGUGAUAAGCCAGUGUGAUGAUGCAUCCACUGUCACAGGGUACCGCAAGACACUGGUUUUCUAUCUUGGAAGGGCUCCUCUUGGGGAUAGAACUCACUGGGUCAUGCAUGAGUAUCGCCUCUGUGAUGAUGAUCCUGGACAAGCCUCACCAUGUUUUAAGGGUGGUUUUGCUUUGUGCCGAGUUACUAAGAAGAAUGAGAAGACAAGUUACUCACAUGGAGAACAAAAGGGGAAGGAGGGUGCAAGCAGUUCCAUCAAUGGGAGUGACACCUCUUUAAGAUUCUCUGGUGACGGUUCCUCUCAAGCAAGCCACCUGAAUAAUGAGAGUCAUUAUUCAAGCCCUGUUACUUCUCCAUACAAUGUGGCUCCAGUGCCAGAUACCAACCAAGCUUUCACAGAAACCAACCCUUCAAACUUCUGGAUCUCUUCUAACAUGAUUCUUGAUUCUUCAAAGGACUAUGCUCAAGUACAAGAUGUUGUGUCUGAAUAUUCUCCUAGGUAUGGCUUACCAAGUGCAGUGACACCAAGGCAAUCAUCAGAACAAGAACAAACAGAAAUUUCAUCUAGUUUAUCUAACUCAAAUUUUAAUGCAGAAAUUGAAUUUUCUGAUAAUCUCAGUCAAAUUGGGUGCAUGUCACCUUGCACAAGCCAUGGGAAUUUCAUGGACUUUUAUGGAAAUUUUGAUGCUCCCUAUGAAGGUUAUCAUCAAAUUAAUUCAGUCCCACAUCCAGAUCCCUUUUAACUACAAUCUGAAAACAAAAGGAAGAUCAUUCUCUCACUUUUCUUAUAGUGCAUGGUGUCAAAUUGGGAUCAAAUGUCCAAUUUGAAGGCAAAGAUGAGAAUUAGUGAUCUGUGGUUGCUGGAAGACAUUUUAGUAUGGUUGUGAUAAAACAUUGUGGGGGGGUUAAUUAGCUGGAGUUUCACUUGAUGUGGCAUCUUAAAGUAUCUCUGAGACAAAGCUUUUUAAUGUAUGUCUUAGAGUGUUAAAUAAUGAGUCCUACCUUAGCUAUGUACCAGGCAGAAAAUGUUUUCUGCUUGAAGUGCUUUUGGAUAUUUUUAUUAUUUAGGGCUGUUAUGUAGAAUGCCCAGGUGCAUCUCUUUUUUCGAUUUUGCCCGGAGUUGGUUGUUGUUCUAUGAAAUAAGAUUAUGGUCGCGUUUGGAAGAACUUAUUUUACAGCAUCAACAUUUAUGCAAGUGUUUUAAACGAGA